AUGUUCCCAGAAGUUUGCCCUCUCAUCGCAUAUCCAACCAUCUAUCUCACGAAGAUGAAACACUUCACCGAAUCUUACAAAGUUUUUCUCCAUUCUGUCGCUGACCGAAUGCGCUUAACCAAGUACCCUCUUCUUCGAGAUUUAAUAGCUGAGCUAGCCGCAACCUUCGUUUUUGUCGCUUUCGGUACAGGUGUGGCAGCCCAAGCUCAACUUGAUAAACCCUCUUUCGGUGGAAGCAUAAAUAUCAGCUGCGGCUACGCCGCCGGCUGGGCUCUGGGAGUAAUCAACGCCAGUUCUCGUUCCCCGGGGAUGUGCAAUCCAUGCGUUGCAUUUGCCAACGCACUAAUCGGUUGGUUAGACUUUCUGACAAUGCUCCUUUUCUGGUUAUCCGAGCUGAAUGGCUGGGGUUCACCUCCAUUCACCUACGCGAAUCAUGCUUUCUGGGUGUUCCUUGUGAUGCCGUUCGUUGGAACUGUUUGCGUCGUUUUGCUCUACGAACGCGUGGUUGGUGUCCACCUACCGGGAGCUGGACAGGAUGAGGGACCCUUGAAAAUUAAACAUGAUGAUGAUUCAAACGUUUAG